AUGGGUAAAUUUUCAUUCCCAAGCCGCAAGAAGCAGGCCCCAAAAGUUACUGUCACCGCUCCACCUAUGAGCAAGGCCCAAAAGAUACUCGGUGCAUCAGCUCUCAAUAUCGACGCUCCUCAGGCAUGGGAUAACUUCUCCAGCUCAAAGGUCAAUCUUGCCGCGCCAUCCGCUACUGAGAAAGCUCAGGCACCGACCCAAGCCCAUGGCUCGCCUGUGAGACACGAGCGUGGAAUGCGGGAGUGGGGGGAUGAGUCGGAGAUCGUGCCGCGGCAAUUCAGAGUCAAUGGAGCGCCUACCGACGAAUACGAUGAGGACGUGUCAGACAUGACGAGCAUCCUCCGGAAGCGACAAUCCACAUCGACCCUCCAUUCAUGGUAUGACAAGACUAAGCAGCCUCUUUCUGUAUCUCAGCAGACGUCAAAUUCGGCUAUGGCCAAAGGCAUGCCUUCAAAAGCGGAGAGGAUGCUGGAUAUGGAGAAUUCCAUCGCAGAAGCGAAAUUAAGGAAGAAGAAGCCUGCAAAGCUUGACCUGUCUCAUCUCAUGGGACGAUCUCGAAACAAGAAGAGUCCACCGCAAUGGGAUGGUCCCAUGCUGGAUCAAAUUGUGAGAUCACCCUCUAUUCUAUCACCCACCAGCACACCCUCAUUGCGAGGGAAGUUAUCAAGACAACCUACCAAGGAGAGCUUAAGAUCAAUGAACUCGGAACCAACCCGACCAAAAACUGGCGAGAGUAAUCGGCGACAACAAAGCCCUCUGAACGGCCUACCUAAUCUCUACGAACACUACGAGCAAAUGUCAUUCCGCUCCAUCAUUGACGACGAGUUGGGUGAGCUCGAUGAACAGGAGAAGCCGCUGGACAAGCCCAAGUCUAAGAACUCACCUCCGUCUAAAACUAUAGCUCCCCGCCGCAGCAAGCAUGAACUGCGGCCUAUACCACCAGGCCAUCAUGACGAGCAAAUCAUCUCACAAUAUGCGAAACGCAAUCUACCCCAGACACCGCAAUCCAUUACGGCCAGCAAACCUGGACAGUCUUCACCUACAGACUGCGCCGCCAGUGUUUCCAGUAGACAUACGCGAACGUCCAAGGCUUCAAGACGCACGAGCAGGAGUUUUCAAGAUUCGGACCUUCAGGAGAAGAGUGUGCUUUCGCUCUCAUCAGACUCCGAGGAGGAAUACGUCGAGACUUCUUCCAAGGGUCCUGCCUCUAUACCUGAGUAUGCAACAUCGGAUACUGGGUCUUCUAUUGACUUCCGUCCAAGCACAGCUCGAACCUACGAGAGCGCCGAUAAUAGCUCGAGGCGACUAAGCAGAUCGAGCAAGCAAACGAAUGGUUCCAAUAAUUAUUUGACAAUCCCCAAUGGACACCACCGCAACCCUGUUGUGGCUCCUAGGUCAAGCUCCCUAUCUGGAAGCUCUACAAAUACGAUUCAGGAGGGCACCGCUGGGCCAUCACCUUCGCGUACGUCGAGCGUCUCCGACUCAACAGCAAACACAACCAACACAUGGGAGAGCAAUUCAAGCUUUAAGUUACCGCAAACCAAGUUCGUUGCUGUGCAUCCAGACCCAGUAUCGUCAGGUUCUACUGAUUCCGAUCGAGACACGGGGGCGGACUCUGAGAAUGAGCCUGAGCCCGAGCUUGACUUCCUUCCUGCGAUGAGAUAUGUUCCUCAUGAGUCUAUCUCAACUAAUGCCGACGCGCCAACACCUCCUUUGAGCCCAAGCUCUGUCGAUUUCUGCAUCCGCUCUGCACAUUCAUCCAUUGAUGGCAAGGGAAGCCACAACCGAUUCAUGGCCGUUACUCGCCAAGAGGAAAUGCUUCUGGCUGCCCUCCGUCACAAGCGACAGACCAUGCGCGGCUCUAUUCAGGCCGAGUUGGAGAAAGCCCCUCAAAAGGGUCAUCAAUCCAAACCCUCUGAGGCAACCAUUACCGAGGAGACAUUCGACUUCGACUUCCCAGCACCUCCUACAUUCAAGGACAAGACAACCGUCACCGCCAAUGGCACCACGGUUAUUGACUUAAGCCACGAAGAAUACACCACACCCUCGCCUAAAGCUUCUACCUCAUCGAAACGUUCGAAGAAGAAGGGCCACCACGAGCCCAAGCCCCAUAAUUACGACCACCACCAAGGCGAGCGCAUUCUUCUCUACAUCGACAAGGGUCUUGCCGCAGAGCACUCCAUUGAAGAUGCCGAGCCGAGCCCUGACCUGAGCGACUUCUACGAUUACGGCUUCGAGGACGACUCCGACGAAUCUGAUAUUGACUCUAAGGUCAUCACGUACGCCCAGCAGCGCCGCUACAGCGAACGAAAGGAUCGUCAGUCGGUAGCUAAGCGACAAGCGAGCCGAACACGUCACCACAGCCCCCAGCCUCAGGGUGAGACUCUUGAGGUUGGCGUACCUCGACCUGAUAGCCCUAUUUCCCCUGAUGCUAUGUCAACUGUCGCUCCUAGAGUCAACAAGAAAAUGGCCCGCCUCAGUGCUGUUGGCCCAGCGAAAUGGGGAAUGGAGGACUAA